AUGACAUCCACCUCACUCUCCUUGUGGGGGAGAGUAGACCUCGUCCAUGCUCAGCUGACCGUUUUGGGCACAGCGCUCUACAGCGCCAUAACGGGCAUCUUCCGAGGCCCAAGCGGCGCAUCAACAUACGGGCUCCACGUCGGCAACGCAGCGUUGAGAAAACUGUGCGAUAGACUAAGCGCAGAACAGUUCCAAUACAUGAACGGUUCCACAAGGUCCGUCUACGAGACAUCCUUGCAGAAAAAGGGCCUCCAGCCCGAGACCGUCCCUCUCAAACACGGUGCACAGGGCCACUGGAUCGGAAACAAGAAUGCCAAAAAUGUGGUCAUCUAUUACCAUGGCGGCGGGUUCGCCGUGCCCGGCGCAGCCGGCCAUAUGGCCUUCUACAGCCAUGUAAUCGACACCCUCAGCGCAGAAGGCCACGACAUAGCCUUCUUCCUGGUCACCUACAGCCUCACCCCGCACGCCGUCUACCCGACCCAACUCCGGCAGGCCGUCGAGGCCCUCCGCUACAUCCUCACCGAGACGAACCGCGACCCGGCCAACGUGAUCGUGGGCGGCGACUCUGCAGGCGGAAAUCUAGCCCUAGCCGUCCUCCUGCAUCUGUCCCACCCACAUCCCGAGAUCGAGCCUGUGUGCGACGUAGCGCCCUUGGCGGGGUUGUUUGCCUUCGCGCCGUGGGUGAGUUUCGCCGGUGAGGGCGCCUCCAUGCGGGAGAACCAGUAUAAGGAUAUGAUUGGGCCGGAGAUUUUGGAUCGGUGGUCACGCUUGUAUUUGGGUGCGGAGGGGAAGGAGGGCGAUGCGUGGAGUGAGCCUAGUCGGGCACCGAUUGAAUGGUGGAGGGAUGCAAAGGUGAAGGAGGUGUUGAUUUUGGCUGGCAAGGAUGAGAUCUUGUUUGAUCCAAUUGAUGCGUUUGUGAAGAGGUUUCAGCGCUGGUUUUAUUGGAAAGGAGACACAGCAGGGGAAGGGAUUGAAGGAGUGGUUGCGGUCUCGUCAAAGGCGGAAGGGGAACACUCGGAGCGCUUUCACUACACCAAACACGUUGAGUAUUAA